AUGGUUGAGCCACUAGGACAGCUUCAGGUGACUGUUAUUCGAGGAAAGAAACUGGCGAUCCGAGACUUCAAGUCAAGUGAUCCUUACGUGAUAGUCAAGUUGGGAAGUGAGUCAGCCAAGACCAAAGUGAUCAACAAUUGCUUGAACCCUGUGUGGGAUGAGGAACUAAGCUUUACACUAAAAGAUCCUGCAGCAGUUCUCGCAUUGGUAUGCUUCAUUAUUUUCCUUUUUGUGACCAUCAUGAGCAUGACGAUGAUGUUGAUGCUGAGAGUUGGUUUGCAGGAAGUGUUUGAUAAAGAUAGGUUCAAGGCAGAUGACAAGAUGGGUCAUGCCACACUCAGCCUUCAACCACUCAUCUCAGUAGCUAGACUGAGGCAUAUAGUGCGUGUCUCCUCUGGCCAGACAACGCUAAGGAAAGUGUUACCGGAUUCAGACAACUGCUUAUCUCGUGAGAGCACAAUCAGUUGCAUAGAUGGAGAGGUGGUGCAGAGCGUGUGGUUGAAGCUGUGCGCUGUUGAAUCCGGUGAGAUUGAGUUGAAGAUCAAGUUGAUUGAUCCUCCUCCUGGAACAAAGGAGCAUUAG